UUUGUAAAAAAAAAAAAAAAAAAAAAAAAAAAAAAAAUGGGACGGAAUAAAAACAAAAAUAAUCCGUUCGGAGUUUUAAUCUUUUACAUGGUUUGAAGGCUGCUUUUAUUUUCUCGACGUGAAAAGUUAGAUAUUUUGGAUGGAUCGAAUUUGGCAGGGGAGAGCAUGGACAGCUCAGUGACCCUGUGGCAGUUCCUGCUUCAGCUGCUGCUGGAACCGGGAAACAAACAGCUCAUCUGCUGGACCAAUGAGGACGGCGAGUUCAAGCUGCUGCAGGCCGAGCAGGUGGCCAAGCUGUGGGGUGCUCGCAAGAACAAACCCAGCAUGAACUACGACAAGCUGAGCCGAGCCCUGCGUUACUACUACGACAAGAACAUCAUUAAGAAAGUAAACGGCCAGAAGUUUGUGUACCGCUUUGUCUCCUAUCCGGACAUUUUAAAAGCCGAUUACGCAGCCCGAGCCGAGGGAACCGAAGCGAGUCCUCUUCCUUCUCCCGAGCAGCACCCAAACAAAGGUCAACCCACCAGCGACAAAGUAACCAAGGACACCUUCAAAGCAGGCAGCGCAGCUCCGAGCCAGUCCAAAUCAUCCGGCCGGAACGACUACAUCCACUCAGGUCUGUACACAUCCUUUACGCUGACUUCUCUCCAGGCAGGAGCGCAGCUUUUCAAGUCCAUCAAGAUGGAAAACCCCGGGGAGAAGAUGGCAGAGAAGAUGGCAGAGAAGAAGGACGCCGCACAAACUCCUUCAGUCAUCAAAUUCGGGACUUCGUCUCCGACCAGAGCUCCUACACAGAGCAUGACAUGCAAGCUGACUCCGCCCACGCGGUCCGUGCAGCCCCAGAUCCAGAUGUCAGAGCCUGAGGAAGAGCAGCUCACUCCCACCACACCACUCGAGGUGAACUCUGGCACCGACGCCGCACCGAUGAGCAUCAUCCUCUCAGGGUUUUCUCCUUCUCUGGGAUGUCCUUCGCCCUCACCCAGCACACUCGCCGACUCCAAGGAGCUGAUCAUCGACACAGACGUAGAGUCGGUUUCCUCUCAACACACAGAGCUACAGCUACAGCUCUAUCCUUCAUCUGAAUCCAAUUCGUCCGACCUGUCCCUGUCCCUGAGCCGCAGUCAGAGCGGCAAAACUUCUAAGAAGCCUCGAGGGCUGGAGCUCAUGCCCACGGUGUUGGUGAGCAGUUCGGACAUGAGUCCCCUGAACCUGUCCAGCCCGUCGCUCCCUACAGCCUUCCUGCAGACGCCGCUGUUGCUCACACCAAGUCCUCUGCUCUCUAACAUCCAUUUCUGGAGCACGCUCAGUCCGGUCGCUCCCAUCAGCCCGGCCCGAAGACAAGGAGCACACACGCUCUUUCAGUUUCCGUCCGUUCUGAGCUCCACCCAGUUCUCGGUGCCGGUACACACUCUGGACGGCACCAACACACCAGGACCUCUCUCUCCAGACCCACAGAAGACAUAAAGGAUGAAAAGAAAGACAAACAGACUGCUGUGAUCGGUGGGUUCGACUUUACACAAAAACACACGUCCUCAACCCGUGACAACCCCCCCCACCAACACCACAACCUCCACAACCACCUUGUUACCUGUCGACCAAAUUCUCCCUCGUGGCGACGCCGAUGGCUUAGGACCGCCGCUUCAUCUUCAUCCUGUGGGAGGGUUGCGAUGCUGUUCUCUUUGCUCCGUGUUCUGGACUAGUGCAAACGUCUCAGCCGUGUUUGUGUCGCUGGUUUUCGGGGAGUCCCUGUAAUAGUCGUGGGUUUCUUCAUGACCGUGUUUUACAGCGAUUCACACACUCGUACUUUUACACGUCGGGAUUCAUCGAAACUGAAACGAGUAACCGAUUUAGCGGUUAAUCGACCGCGCACCUCCAGGCCUCGCACAUACAGAGCAUUUUAUUUAGCUCCGAUUGUGUUUCCCUGAUCUCAGUAGCGACCACACACACACACACGCACACACACGCACAUACACACACGUAGGAUCUUUUUAUAAAGUUAGAUGGUGAUGCAUCAGCACAUCCUACUGGACCAGAGUCGUUAUUCUCACUCACCUAGCAUCAUCCGGAGACAGUUUACUCGCCAGGCUAAAAGAUGUUUUGGCAUUUUUAAACUACGCUCACUCGAUAUCUUCAUACGAUACUCAGCCCCAGCGUCAGUAUCCAUGCGUCCCUACUAGGCCUUCAUAACGCGAGGGAGACAAUUUACACAUUUUGAACCUCAUCUUGCACCUUUUUUUUUCUCCUUCCCAUAAACCUACAAGCACCUUGAGACAAGCGCUCGACUCGGUCACUUAACGACGCACUUACGCACUCUCGACGUCUCGACGUCUCGAAGACGUUUAAAACUCCUUUCAGAAACAGAGAUUUAAUCUCGUCCGGUUAAAAACCACACAGGGACUCAGACAUCCAGAUGCUUAUUUUUGUAUCGAAUGUUCAGAGGCUUUAUAACAAACCUUAUUUUUUAAAGAAAGAGAUUUCUAUAUCUAUGUGAGGUUUUAAGGCAGACUUGAGGCGAAUUCAGGUGUCCAAAAAAUAAUUCUCCCGGAAAAGCUAUUUUUGUAAUUUUCUAUAAGAAAUAGAUUAGAAAGGAAAUAUCUGGAAAUGAGAUUUAAGGCACCGGGAUUUUGAAUUUUAUGCCUUUUAUUAAUUUAAAUAAAGGAAAUUUAAACUCGAUCAAACGUAAAAAAAAAAAAAAAUCAAUACCGUAAAUUAGCUCUAAUUCACUGUAUUGAUUUCAGAUUCGAUUCGGCAGAUCCAGCAAUCCGUACUAGACUUUUACACGAACUCUAAUCCGAACAAGACAAAUUUUAAAAUUGCGUCACGUUUGUUUAAAAAAAAGAAAAAAAGAAACAUUCAAACCAGAGAAAAAAGUUUCCUAAUAAAAAUUCAAAUCUGUUCACAUUCAAUUCUAAAAAUUCUGAUUAGAUUUUUCAAAACAAUAUAAAAAACACAGAAUUGUUGCAUCGUAUCUUGAAAUAUUGAAUUUGAAAUAAUAUAUAUUUUUUUUUUAACAAAAUAUUUUCUACACUUCAAAUUUAAAGCAUGGAGAACAAUUUAUCUUUAUUACCGAUUCGAAAGUCACAUUCUAGUGACGUUUUAUAUUCUAUCUUUAUAACCGCGGUCGAAAAAAAAAAAAUCCAGGAAACGCAUAUCAAACAGUUGCACAACGCAAAACCCUACCUCUAACGUCGUGUCGAAUUCGGACCUCGUCAAGCCACGAUUCAAACGCAGAACUGGACUGACGGCCGCACGCCGCCGGACGCCGGACAAAUCGAACCCGAGGCUCGGCGUCGAAAGCGUGACGACUAACGAAGAAAAAAUUUAAAAAAAAAAAACCUACCAAGUUAUUUAGCAUCUCAGACCAAGUCUCAGGAAUGUUAAAUACUUACAAACACCAAGCACUUAUGCAGUCAGUAACUUACCAUGGAGAACAAACCAUAGAGUUCAACAAAGGGGCAUUAGAAAUACACAGCCAUGCCAGAGAGAUUAGAAUUUCAUAAAUAAAAUCAAUCAAAAUAUGAGGGAUUUAAAACGAAUAGAUAAAUAAUUAAAAUAAAAUAAUUUUUUUUUAAGCUACAAUAUACUUCACAAUAAAAAGUUGAUCGUUUAGUUUUACUUUACGUGUAAGUGAUAAAAUCCAACAUGGUGUUUUUUUUUAAUUCCCUAAUUUUUUAAAGGCUUUGUAUAACACACACACACACACACACAAUUAUACAAUACUGCCGAAUUAGGAAGUGUGAUCAUGUGCUGCCGUACGAGAUGAAAACCGCUUUCUUUUUUCUUUUUUUUCCUAUUGGUCGGUCAGCGGUCAGCCCUCUGGCCGUCGGUGCUUUACAGACCUACAGACGUCAUCAGAGGUUCGCUGUAACAUUAUGCUAAUUACUUAAGAUAAUGAGGUUUUGUAAUGGUUUUUUUUUUUCGUCUACAUGUGGUUUAUCGAUCGUAGAGAGCUCUUUAUCAGCAUCAGAGUUAGAAAUGCUGCGUCGAUGCUGUUUAUUUUUGUGAACGUUUGUUUUUUUCCUUCAACUAGCAGCAACCAAGUGAAAGGCAUCCUGCAAGCUCAGAUUUCCUCCUAUAUAUAUAUAUAUAUAUAUAUAUAUAUAUAUAAUUAUUCGACUUGAGCAUUCCUAAAAGUAUUUGCCCCUCAGUUCUGGGAUUUUACUGGGAUUAGUUUUUCCUCUAUAUUCUUUCUUGUUUAUUAUACAGUAAUUGAAGUAUUUUUGCCACAAAACAAAAAAGAGCUGAUAUUUUAUGUAUAGUUUUACUCCCUUUGUCCGCUUGCGUGUAAAUAUUAUCUGUAUCUUUCAGGUGAUUAGUUCUUAAUGUCGUUUUCCGGGGGGGAAAAAUAAUUCAUUUUAAAAAAAUUUUAUUUUUAUUAUUUUUUUUUUAAGUUUACCUUUGUAGCAUUCCCAAACUUUUUUAAUAUAUUUUUUGCGUACAACUUCUCAGUGUUAACUUUCUCAGUGGCACUUACAUCAAGAAUCUGACAAUUCUUCAGAUUAAAAUGAAAAAAAUAAAUAAAUAAAAUCCUGCAUACCUCCAUUUUCCCCUAAUAUAGCAGAGGAACCUAUGCAGCUUCUGUAUAUUUACUACUUUUAUGGCCAAUUCAUCAUCAUGCCAUAAACAAAUGAUCACAUUUUUCAUAGAAUUUGUCUAGAAUUCUGUGAUUAAAAAGCUUUUCUUUCCCCCUCAGCACUGACUUGAUAAGUGACCAGUCCUUUAAACAUAUCAUGUAAAUGCUGUUUUCUAAAGUUUUUUUGGUCCCCGCUGUCUUUUGGAUCAGUGACACCCAGCGCAGAUGUUUACAGAUGUGGAUUUGGCUUGUUAGCUGUUGUGGACAUUGAAUAAAAGGAGAAAUAUUAAAACAGAA